CACCUGUGACAUCAAGAUCAAGAUCAACAGCUGACUUGACAACAACAACCCAAGAAGAAGAAGAAGAAGACCAAGGCCGGUGCCGAGCUGACUUGAUAGCAUCAGACAGACCAACAGACCCAGGCCGCCGCUCAGCUGACUUGACAACACCAGACAGACAGACCAACAGACCCAGGCCGCCGCUCAGCUGACUUGACAACACCAGACGGACAGUAAGAGCCAUGGCCGGUGCAGUGGCUCGGGCCCCCCUCAGGCUGGGUCGGCUGGUGCCUCAGAGCACGUGCUUGUUCCUGUGUGACCUGCAGGAGAAGUUCAGGAACAACAUUCAGUACUUCCCGGAGAUCGUGGAAGUGAGUGGCAGGCUGCUUAGGGCCUUCAAGCUGCUGGAGCUGCCCGUGCUGGCCACCGAACAGUACCCCCAAGGUCUGGGCAAGACAGUGGCAGAGCUGCCGUUAGAGGAACACAACGUGCCUGUCUUUGACAAGAAGAAGUUCUCCAUGUGUUUGCCACCCAUCCAGGAGAUCAUCAAAGACAAAGAAAUCAAAUCUGUGGUGCUGUGUGGCAUCGAGGCCCACGUGUGUGUGCAGCAGACGGCGCUGGACCUCCUGGAGAGUGGCCUGGAUGUGCAUGUGGUGGUGGACGGCUGCUCCUCGCGCUCCAUGACAGACAGAAUGUAUGCCUUAGAGAGGAUGAGAGACAGUGGAGCGUUUCUGACCACCAGCGAGUCCAUCAUCCUUGGCCUGGCCGGUGGCUCGAAUCACCCGUCCUUCAAACAGCUGCAGAAGAUUAUCUGGGAGUCCGCUCCUGAUACUGGACUGCUGGCUGCAAGGCAGAAACCAUUGCUUGCAGAGCUAGCUGGGAAGGAUGCAAAACUAUAAUAAAACUGUGAUUCUAACUAGUACUAUAUAGGUACACAAUUUGAUCAUAAUUGAAAAUAUACAUAACUUUGAAGGAAAAUUAAUUUACAACUAUAUGAUAGGGAAACUAAUCCAUUCUAUAGUUGACAGUCAUUUGUACAUUUUUAACCAAUAUAUUUAAUUACCAGUUGGACACGUGAUGAGAAUGGGGGAGAAUGAAUUUGUGAAGAGAGUGUGUGAGGGAAGAAUUGAGGGAGGGGGUGUCAGGGGAAAACCACCUGUGAAGUGGAUCAAUAGGGUGAGUGAGUACUGGAGCGAGAGAGGUGUGGAAGUAGCAGGAUUGAGUGUGCUGAGAGGGAGUGCCUGAACAGGGAGAGAUGGAGACACUGCUGCCGCGGCCACCCCGAGGGAAGUUCUCGCUACAGAGCAGGGCGUAAAGAUAUAGAUAGAUGACUGGAGCUAAUUUCCAAAAAACUGGGCGUUACAAAUCUAUGGUCGUUAGAAUCCUAUAUGUUCCCUUAGCCAGACUGGUAAUGGGAGUUGUUUUAAGCUAUACCUAAAACUUAGGUAAGAUGCAUAAUUAUUUAAGUGCCUACACCUGUCCUGUAUAAAGGGUUUCAAAUAAAUUACAGGAUUUGC